GACUUCUAUUCGAGUUCUUGGCUAAAUAGAUCUUCUUCUUGUCUGAGCAGCUUGUCGGAAAAUGCUCAACAAUGAACGAACAUGAGUUUGAUCCAUCAAAAUCUCUCUCACUCUCAGAGAUUUCAAGCGAAUUAUUAGCCGUUGGUAAAUGGAGUAAUAAAAAGUACGCAAAGUACAGACACUUGGUUGGCCCGGAUCCCAAUCUUAAAGUGAUGACCGGUCCGCAUGAGCUCAAAAAGCUUCCGGGCUCAUCAUUGAAGGACAAUAAGAACGUCUUCUUGGAUGGCAGGAAUCACAACCAAAAGGUGUCGAAUCACAAAGAAUAUAAAGAUGCGAUCUAUCACGAUCAGGAAAUUUCAGACUUUGAAAGGAACAAGGUUCACAAAGAGAAAGAUGAGGUUUAUCAAAAUCCUGAGAUAUCAGACUUUGAAAUGAACAAUCUACCCAAGCAAGAGAUGGUCCGGGAUGCUUCAAAGAAAGCCGAGUGCUCUUUGGAUGGCGUGAAUCUGGGCCGAGAAGUGAACGCUAUUAAAAAUGAUAAAUUAGUCCCGGGCUUCCUGCAGAAUUUUUUAGAUUGGCUAUAUGUUAAGACAGACUAUUAUUCUCCGUGGAAUGUGGCUGCUGUAUUCAUGUUGAUGGCAGCUGUGGAAAUCGCACUUUCCCUGGGAAUUUUCUACUUGAAGCCUGUCAAAUGAAGUAUGCUGCCUUGUGAAUUUUCAGAACUGCUUUUUUGUUUUUUAUUUGACUCUUGAAUUCUGCCAUAGCCAAAUAGAGUCCACAAAAGUUGAUUCAAAAAAAAUCAAAUGGAUGAAG